AUGAAGUUGAACAUUGCUUACCCAGUUAACGGUACUCAAAAGACCGUCGAAAUCGAUGACGAACACCGUAUCCGUGUCUUCUACGACAAGAGAAUUGGUCAAGAAGUUGACGGUGAAUCCGUUGGUGACGAAUUCAAGGGUUACACCUUCAAGAUCUCCGGUGGUAACGACAAACAAGGUUUCCCAAUGAAACAAGGUGUCUUAUUACCAACCAGAGUUAAGUUAUUAUUAACUAAGGGUGUUUCUUGUUACAGACCAAGAAGAACUGGUGAAAGAAAGAGAAAGUCUGUCAGAGGUGCUAUUGUUGGUCCAGAUUUAGCUGUCUUAUCUUUAGUCAUCACCAAGAAGGGUGAACAAGAAUUAGAAGGUGUUACUGACGCUACUGUUCCAAAGAGAUUAGGUCCAAAGAGAGCUAACAACAUCAGAAAAUUCUUCGGUUUAACCAAGGAAGAUGAUGUCCGUGACUUCGUCAUUAGAAGAGAAGUUACCAAGGGUGAAAAGACUUACACCAAGGCUCCAAAGAUCCAAAGAUUAGUCACUCCACAAAGAUUACAAAGAAAGAGACACCAAAAGUCCUUGAAGAUCAGAAAUGCUCAAGCUCAAAGAGAAGCUGCUGCCGAAUACGCUCAAUUAUUAGCUAAGAGAUUAGCUGAAAGAAAAGCUGAAAAGGCUGAAACAAGAAAGAGAAGAGCUUCUUCUUUAAAGGCUUAA